CCGCGGGUCUUUUGGGACAAAAACACAGUGUGCAGAAAUGGCGGGUGUCAGGACUUCUCUUCGCCUGCUCGAAGCGCAUACCUGACCUGUAAUGUCUUCAAAACACCGCAAAAUACGAGCUAACGUCACAUAGCAAAUGAAGCAGAGGGGCGCCUAUGUAAAUGCGAUGGAGAAGAAACUGGCUGAAUACAAGUGUGACACAAAUGAAGCGACCUGCCUAAAGUUAGUGCGAUUUCCUGAAGACGUUGAGGAUGAUGGCACCACAUUCCACCCAGAGUACAGUCACCAACUAUUUGGAGAUGAUGAGGUCGCUUUUGGGUACAAAGGUCUUCAGAUUCAGCUCUUCUACACCGCCGGAAACCUGAGUACACUCUUCAAAGUGAAAUACUCAUCAAAAGUUACAGACACAUUUGAUUGUGUGGAGGCCGACGACGUUGAAGCGAAGAUCCGGGAGAUAAUUCCCGCUGGUUUCACCUCCAACACCGAUGACUUCAUCUCUCUGCUGGAGAAGGAGGCCAACUUCAAACCGUUCGGUACCAUGCUCCACUCAUACACAGUCCACAACGAGGAGGCAGAGCAACUCACCUACCAGAUUCACAAGGCUGACAUCAGCUGCCCCGGAUUCCAGGAGUACCACGAGCGCCUGCAGACCUUCCUCAUGUGGUUCAUCGAGACUGCCAGUUUCCUCGACAUAGACGACGAUCGUUGGGACUUCUUUCUUGUAUUUGAAAAGUACAAUAAAGACGGGGAGACUCUCUACGCCACUGUUGGCUACAUGACAGUUUAUAAUUACUACGUAUACCCAGACAAAACCCGACCACGUGUAAGCCAAAUGCUGAUCCUGCCUCCUUUCCAAGGAGAGGGCCAUGGCGCUCAGCUCCUGGAGGCCGUGCACAGGUUUUACUGCAGCCUGCCAAAAGUGCAGGACAUCACAGCUGAAGAUCCCUCAGAGAAUUACGUGAAGUUGAGAGACUACGUUCUGACGAAGUUCUGCCAAAACCUGCCGUCCUUCGAUGCGGACAAGCUGCACCUCGGCUUCUCCACCGACAUGAUCAGAGAGGCCCAAGAAAAGUUGAAAAUCAACAAGAAACAUGCGAGGCGAGUUUACGAAAUCCUGCGUCUAAGAGCAACAGACAUGAGCGACGAAGAGAAAGCCAGAGCGUACCGGUUAGAGGUGAAGAAGAGGCUCUUUGGACCCUAUAGGAAAAACCAGAGGGAGCUGGCGAAGAUGAGGAAGUGCUUACGGCCAGAGGAGCUGGUGUCCCACAUGGGUCAGCUGGACACGCAGACGCAGCACGAGGAGCUGGAGAAAAGCUACCAGCUCGCCGUGGACGACUACAGGAGAGUCAUCGAAAGGCUAGCAUCGCAGGCCUGAUCCUGCUGGGCCACAGUCCGGUCUGUACAGACGUUGCCGCAGCACUCGCGCUGCAGCCAACAUGACGCUGGUCGAGUCCUGCCUGAUUCCCAGCUGAUGUUUCUAUACCAGAGGAAGUAAUUCAUUCAGGUUGAGUGGGGGGGACUUCCUGUUUCUUCCAUGUGUUUGAUCACAUUGUGCGAUAUGAAAUGAUGUGUAAUAAUUUCACAUGGAACCACAAGUUCACUAUCCUUCAAAUAAACUCGAUUUAUUCUCCAUUAUUUUCUUAACCUCUGCUGUCUGCAGUUUCAGGCGUUUUUUUGAAGGACUUCAUUGUAAAAAUGAAAUAGUGUUUUGUAUGUUGUUCAAAUGGGGGUCAUUCUUAAGAAAACAAAUAAAACGGAGUAACCAAAUUUGA